GCUCCUUGUGGGAGCCCGUGAACUUGGUGGUGUCCGUGAGCCUCGACACUGUGGGCGACGAGAUGGCUUUCUGCAAGAGGAGCAGGAGGAAGGGGCAGAUCUACCACAACUAACCCAAAGUGGGGUUUUUCAGUGUUUAAAACAAGAGAUCCUGUGGAUGAGGCUCAGCUCUGCAAAAGGCACCUGCAUUUCACCAGGGAAGCCUCUGGACAGCGCGAGAAAGCCUGCACCCAGCAGGCCAAGCAUUCCGAGGGCACUCCCAGCUGCAGAAUCCACAGUGACCAAGAGUCAGGAGACAAAUGACCCAUAAAACCCCAGCAAGCCUUUCCAGAAGUCAGUGAGCAGAGGGCCUAGAAUAGCCAAAACGAUUUCAAGAAAUAGAGUCAGAAGACUGACUACCCAACUCCAAAGCUCAUCGAGGCUUGACUGCAAAGUGGCAGCGACGUGGGCACGGGCACGCGGCCAGCCCCGCAGCCCAGGGGGAGUCUGGCUCAGCCACACGCAUGCUGCCCCUCGAUGUCUACAGGUGCAGAGGCAAGCCAGAGAGAAAGGACUGUUUCUUCCACAAGUGGAGCUGGAGCAACUGGUGAUCCCUGUGCAAAUUAAAAUGCACUUUGGUCUAUACUGCACACUAUAUACAAAACUAAAAAUAGAUGACCGUCCUAAUUAUGAAACUAAAACUUCUAGAAGAACACCAAAGAAGAUCUCUGUGACCUGCGGUUAGGCGAAGAUUUCUUAGAAAUGGCAACAAAACAUGGCCUAUAGUGGAAAAAAUGGAUGAACUGGACUUCAUCAAAACGUUCGAAACUGUGCUCUCAGAAGACACCGUUAAGGGAAUGAGAAGACAAGCCACAGACUAGGAGACAUGCCUGAGAAAGGACUUGUCUCUGAGAUACACAAAGGAACCUUAAAACUCAGCAGUAAGAAAAAAAAUCCAUGUGAAAAGACGGGCAGAAUAUUUGAAGCAGACACCACCAGAGAAGACACCUGCAUGCAGACAAGCACACGGAGAGGGCUCCGCGUGGGCCCCAUCAGGGAAGUACCGACAAGCACACGGAGAGGGCUCCGCGUGGGCCCCAUCAGGGAGUGCCAGGGAAGUGCGGACAAGCACACGGAGAGGGGUCCGCGUGGGCGCCGUCAGGGAAGUGCGGACAAGCACACGGAGAGGGGUCCACGUGGGCCCCGUCAGGGAAGUGCGGACAAGCACGCGGAGAGGGGUCCGCGUGGGCGCCCUCAGGGAAGUGCCGACAAGCACGCGGAGAGGGGGCCGCGUGGGCGCCGUCAGGGAAGUGCGGACAAGCACGCGGAGAGGGGUCCGCGUGGGCCCCGUCAGGGAAGUGCGGACAAGCACACGGAGAGGGGUCCACGUGGGCCCCGUCAGGGAAGUGCGGACAAGCACGCGGAGAGGGGUCCGCGUGGGCCCCGUCAGGGAAGUGCGGACAAGCACACGGAGAGGGGUCCACGUGGGCCCCGUCAGGGAAGUGCGGACAAGCACGCGGAGAGGGGUCCGCGUGGGCGCCCUCAGGGAAGUGCCGACAAGCACGCGGAGAGGGGGCCGCGUGGGCGCCGUCAGGGAAGUGCGGACAAGCACGCGGAGAGGGGUCCGCGUGGGCCCCGUCAGGGAAGUGCGGACAAGCACACGGAGAGGGGUCCGCGUGGGCCCCGUCAGGGAAGUGCGGACAAGCACGCGGAGAGGGGUCCGCGUGGGCCCCGUCAGGGAAGUGCGGACAAGCACACGGAGAGGGGUCCGCGUGGGCCCCGUCAGGGAAGUGCGGACAAGCACGCGGAGAGGGGUCCGCGUGGGCCCCGUCAGGGAAGUGCGGACAAGCACACGGAGUAGGGGCCGCGUGGGCGCCGUCAGGGAAGUGCCGACAAGCACACGGAGAGGGGUCCGCGUGGGCCCCAUCAGGGAAGUGCCGACAAGCACGCGGAGAGGGGGCCGCGUGGGCCCCGUCAGGGAAGUG